CCAAGUUAGGUUGGAGAGUAGAGUGGGCAUUUAAAUGGCUUUGGAAGGGUGUUGAGACGCUUAAUCUGCGGCAAUUAAAAAAUUGUGUUAUUCGAGAAAGAGUCGAACCGGUUCCUUUUCGCCUCCUGCUCCUUCGGGCGAUUUUUUUCGCAGUAAAAUGGGGAAAACCCAGGCCGCGGCUCAAAGGGCGGGGAAGAAAAGCGGCGGAGGCAAGAUCGCGGCCGCCAAGGAGAACCAGCAGCUGGCCAUGAGUGAGGAGAAUGUGCAUGUAAAAUCAAAGGUUCAUCAUCGUUUGAGCUCUGCAAAAACCCCUACUCCUCGUGCCCCAUUACAAGAUGAAAACUCUGCUUCAAAUAAACAAAUGAAGUUCCAAGUGAAAUGUACUGUCAAACGUGAAAUGCAGAAAGAGGAAGGAGAUGAACAAAACGGUUGUGUGUUUGAUGCUGACAGUUCCACUAAGUCCAGUAAGGAGUUGAACAGUGAAAGAAAUGCGGCUAUUGAGGAAGGAGCAGAGACUGCAGCAACUGUCACACCCACUGGCUGUGAGACUGCUAUAAAGGAUGAGCCUACUGCUCAGCUUUCUGUGGGCAAGAAUGGCACUAAAACAAAUGCAAAACCUGUUCAGCGGAAAGGUAAAGGGAAGUCUCCAAAACGCACAGGUGUGAAAAACUCAACAGGACAGAAUCGUAAGGUCACUGAUUAUUAUCCUGUUCGCAGAAGUUACAGGAAGUGUGAAGGGCAGCUGAAGUCAGAAGAAAAGAAAAUAAUCGAUGAUCUGAUUCGCAAUGGGAAGGAAGAAGGAAUGAAGGUUGGUAUAAUUGAUGGAAAAGGUCGUGGUGUGAUGGCCACAAAACCUUUUCAACGUGGAGAGUUUGUGGUGGAAUACAAUGGAGACCUCAUUGAAUUUACAGAUGCAAAGAGUCGAGAGGCGAAGUACGCACAAGAUCCUUCCACUGGCUGCUACAUGUACUACUUUCAAUACCUCAGUAAAAAUUACUGUGUGGAUGCAACGAAGGAAACCACACGUCUCGGUCGCCUGAUCAAUCACAGCAAGAACGGGAACUGUCAAACUAAGUUACAUAACGUUGAUGGGAAGCCUCACCUUAUACUUGUUGCCUCUCGGGACAUUGCAAAGGGCGAGGAGCUGCUUUAUGAUUAUGGAGACAGAAGCAAAGCAUCAAUUGCUGCACAUCCCUGGCUGAAACAGUGAGCCAAAUUUCAAAGUUUUAAAAGAGCAUAACUAUUUAAAGUAUUUGGUUUGUUGCUUGCUCUGAUUUGUGAUGCAGCACUUAAUCAAGAUCGCCAAAAGAGACAACUGGAUUCUACGAGCACUGCUGAGGAGGUGAUCUGGCAUCUUUAAAACUUUUAUAUCUUAAUGCUUUUGUAUAUUUUGUACACUAGUGUGCUUUCGGAGCUUGCAGUCAUGAGGCAGGUUGUGUUUUUUAUAUAAACUAUUCAAGAAUGUCCAGCUGUUGUACAGUAUUAGUAACCUAGGUCUGCUUUGUGCUCUGAAUCAUAAAUCUACUUUUGCCUAUUUAAGAGAUCAAAUGGUAUCAUUUAUCAAGUAAUGAACCAUUUUUAGCCCCCACAUUCUGGAUAAUGAAUUUGGUGUCACUUCCAACUGGAAGCUGCAAUUGGACGUUACAGAAUACGAAGUAUGAACAUUUAUUUGCAUUAGCUUGGAAUCAAUUUUAAAGCAGGGCUUCACAUCAUAUGCCUGUGCGUCUGUUGUAAACAGCUAUUUAAAGUUCGUAUACAGAAGCUUCAUGUUGAAGAAUAUUUAAAUAAACUCUGUGACUUAA